ACCAGCCGGGACACCGAGGGCAGUGCGGGCGGCCGGGUUCCCGCUGCGGGGUGCUGCCCGAGUGGCCGGCCGACCGAGGGCGUGGGCCGCGCGCUGGCCACCUGGGCUCCCGGGGAGCUGAGCUGUCGCCGGCCCUCGAGCACGCCGGGUCGGCUUGGCGGGCGGCGAUGAUCCUGGACGAGAGGCCGGACAGCCAGGGCGCAGGCGAGAACAGCGCCCGGCUGCAGGUCUGUGGCUCCCCAGUGCGGGUGCAGGCGCAGCGUGGCCGGCUGCAGAGCCGCAGGGCCCGGAUCCACCAGCAGAUCAGCAAGGAGCUGCGGAUGAGGACGGGCGCCGAGAACCUCUACAGAGCCACCAGCAACAGCCGUGUCAGAGAGACGGUGGCCCUGGAGCUGCGCCACGUCAACGCCACCCUGCAGCUGCUGCAGGAGGAACUGGAGGAGCUGAGCAGCGCAGAGGCGGGCACGCUCCAGAGCCAGGGUGUCACCGUCCCCAUGAUCCCCCUGGGCCUGAAGGAGACCACGGAGCUGGACUGGUCCACACCCUUGAAGGAGCUGAUCUCCCAGCACUUUGGAGAGGAUGGCGCCUCUUAUGAGGAAGAGGUCAGGGAGCUGGAGCGCCUGCGGCAGGCCAUGCGGACCCCCAGCCGGAGCGAAAUGGGCCUGCAGCUGCUCACGGCCUACUACAACCAGCUCUGCUUCCUGGGAGCCCGCUUCUUUGCCCCCACUAGGAGCCCCACGCUGCUCUUCCACUGGUAUGACUCACUCACAGGAGUCCCGGCCCAGCAGCGGGCUCUGGCCUUCGAGAAGGGCAGUGUGCUCUUCAACAUGGGUGCCCUGCACACACAGAUCGGGGCACGCCAGGACCGCACCUGCGCCGAGGGUGCCAGCCGCGCUGCCAAGGCCUUCCAGAGGGCUGCCGGCACCUUCGGCCUUCUGAGGGAGAACUUCUGCCACGCGCCCAGUCCAGACAUGAGCGCCGCCUCCCUGGCUGCGCUGGAGCGCCUCAUGGCCGCACAGGCCCAGGAGUGCGUCUUUGAGGGCCUCUCGCUGGCAGAUCCUGCAGCCUCCCACGACUGCCUGGCUCAGCUGCGCCUGGCUCAGGAAGCCGCCCAGGUGGCAGCUGAGUACAGGCUCUCCAUGGCCCGGCCUCCCGUUCGCGACCAUGUGCCCGUGUCCUGGACCGCCCUGGUGCAUGUCAAGGCUCAGCAUUUCUGCGCCCUGGCCCACUACCACGCGGCCAUGGCCCUCUGCGACGGCUCCCCACUGGCCGAGGGGGAGCUCCCCAUGCACGAGCAGGUCUUCCUUCAGCCCCCGACCCUCGCCGAGCCGCGAGGACCCGCUAUCCCCCAGGGCACAGAGGAGGGCAAGGCCCACCUGAAGCACGCCAUUCUGGGGCAGGAGGAGGCACUGCGGCUGCACGCCACAUGCCGUGUCCCACGUGAGGUGGACCAGCUGCAAGCUGUGCUGGCCCAGGCGCUGCGGCACUCCCUGGCCAAGUACGCGGAGCUCGACCGCGAGGAUGACUUCUUCGAGGUCGCCGAGGCCCCCGACGUGCGGCCCAAGACCCACCAGAAGCCAGAGGCCAGGACCCCUGGCCUGUUGCGGAUGGAAGUGGCCGACAUCUUCCACCGGCUGGGGCCCCUGUCUGUGUUCUCAACCAAGAACCAGUGGCGUCUGGUGGGGCCCGUCCACGUGACCCGAGGAGAGGGCGGCUUUGGCUUCACCCUUCGGGGAGACUCACCCGUCCUCAUUGCUGCGGUCAUUCCUGGAGGCCGGGCUGCGGUGGCCGGCCUGAAGGAGGGCGACUACAUCGUGUCGGUGAACGGGCAGCCGUGCAAGUGGUGGAAGCACGCGGACGUGGUGGCGCAGCUGAAGGCCGUGGGCGAGGCGGGCGUGAGCCUGCAGGUGGUGUCGCUGCUGCCCGGCCCCGAGCUGCCCAGCACAGGGGACCGCCGGCCAGCCCUGCUGGGCCCAGGGGGCCUUCUGAGGAACCCCAGGGAAUGUGCCUGUGAGACACCGGCCCCUGCCCGGUCCGGCCCCCGGCACCUCCUCGGCUGGAACCUCAAGACCAAGCGGGGCGCAGCCAGGCCCUGAGCACCCAGCCUCGGCACAGCUGCCCCGUCCACCCCCACGACCAGCUGUGGGCCUCACGUCCCAGAUCUGGGCAGCUCAGUGGCUUUUGCUGGCCCCUUCCUGCCGCCCGCCCCACAGUCCAGUGGGACAAGGCUCUGCUCUCCGUCCAGCUUCCCGGCCCCCUUCCCCACUGCGGCCGGGCUGCCCAGGUCCCAGGCCCCUCUGGCAGGUCCCAGCCGGCUUCCCCAGACUCUCCUGCUGCCCGCUCUGCUCAGACCGGGACCCUCCUCUGCCCUCACCAUCCCUGCUCAGGCAGGCUGCCCCUCUGCCCCGACAGUGCCACACUGGCACCCAGGAGUGGGCUAUGUCCAGGCUGCAGAUGGAGACACACGUGGGUAGCUCUGUCCCUGAGUCCCCUGGGAGGGGUGGGCUCAGGACUUGGGCUCCCAAGGGAGGGAGGGAGAAGGGCGGCAGGGCCCAGGUCAGAGCAGUGCCAGGAGGAGCUAAGGUGAGGGCUUCUUGAUGAGGCUCCCAGCGACCACUAGGGGGCAGCUGCUGUCUACUCAAGUGGCCACUGGAGGCGGGUUUCCAGGCAGGAGCAGGGCUGGGGAGGGGCCGCAGCCUCCCUUGCAAUCUGAUAGCCCCAGCCAUUCACCCCGUCGGUUCCGGGUCCCUAGGUGGGAGUGGCCGCUCCGUGCUCAGGUGCUGCCCGGCUUCCUCCACUGCACAGGAGCAUGGUAGUCUUCGUGGGGUGCGGGUGUGGGGCACCGGGGAGGUCCGGGUUCAGUGAUGCAGCCCUCUGAAGUACAAGGGAAGGGCCAGGCCCGCCUGAGCCUGGGGUAGGGAUCCUGGUGUGUCCCCAACCCGCCCUGCCCUCCUGGGAGAGCCCCUGUCGCGGCAGGACGGCGAGGAGGUUGGCAGGUCACAGCAUUUAGCAAUUUGAUGAAUAAAGCCGCACACCAAGGA